CCCUACUUCUGGGCUGACCUGGUGGCCUUCGUCAACUUGGCACGGUCGUCGGUACGAUGCCAACGGCGUUUGAAUCGCCGUCCCGCCGUCACCCUCCUCGACGUCUUCCAGGAGCACGUUCGCCGCCGGCCCCACUGGCCCCUGCUCCUCUUCCAAGAUGAGGUUUACACCUACGAGGACGUGGAACGACGGAGCAACCGGGCUGCCCGCCUUUUCUCCCGGCGCCUCGGCCUGCAGCCGGGUCAGACCGUCGCCGUUUUCCUCCCCAACGAACCCGCCUACGUCUGGACCUGGUUGGCGUUGGCCAAACUCGGUUGCCUGAUGGCUUGUCUCAACUGCAACGUGCGGGGUCGCGCCUUGCAGCACGCGCUCGCCGCCGCCCAGGCCACCCUCGUCCUCGCCAGCCCCGAGCUCCAGGCCGCCGUGGAGGAGGUGCUGCCGGCCCUGCAGCGCGACGGCAUCCGCGUCUUCUACCUCAGCUCCACGUCGCCCACGCCGGGCGUCGAAGCCCUGCUGCCCGCCAUCGAGGAGGCCUCCGAUGAACCCGUGCCCACCCACCACCGCGCCAACAUCACCGCCAACUCCAAAGCCAUCUACAUCUACACCUCCGGCACCACCGGGCUGCCCAAGGCAGCGGUGAUCACAGAGAUGAAGAUGAUGAUGGUGGCCAACCUGGUUCAGCUCUGUGGCCUGCGGCCUGAUGAUGUCAUCUACACAACGCUGCCGCUCUACCACUCGGCCGGGCUGCUCAUCGGGGUGGGAGGAUGCUUGGAGGUCGGAGCCACCUGCGUCCUACGGGCCAAGUUCUCCGCCUCCCGGUUCUGGGACGACUGCCGCCGCUACAACGUCUCCGUCAUCCAGUACGUGGGUGAGCUCAUGCGCUACCUCUGCAACACGCCCAAGCGCCCCGAUGACCGGGAGCACGGGGUGCGCGUGGCCUUGGGCAACGGCCUGCGGGCAGAGGUGUGGAAGGAGUUCCUCCAGCGCUUCGGGCCCAUCUCCAUCUGGGAAUUUUACGGAGCCACCGAGGGCAACGCCGGCUUCAUCAACUACACCGGCAAGAUCGGGGCCGUUGGCAGAGCGAACAUAUUCCUCAAGAGUUUGGCUCCCUUUGAGCUGAUCAAGUACAACGUGGAGGAGGACAAACCCAUACGUGACGAGCGAGGUCUCUGCAUCCGAACCCGCCCCGGUGAGACGGGGCUGUUGGUCAUCAAAAUCACCAAGAACACCCCUUUCCACGGCUACGCGGGCGAUUCCCAGAAGACAGAGAAGAAGGUCUUGAGGGACGUCUUAGUCAAAGGCGACACCUUCUUCAACAGCGGUGACCUCCUCAUGAUUGACCACGAAAGAUUCGUCUACUUCCAGGACCGCGUGGGAGACACUUUCCGUUGGAAAGGUGAGAACGUGGCCACGACAGAGGUGGAGGCCAUUCUUGCCACGGUGAACUUCAUCCAGGAGGUCAACGUCUACGGAGUGCCCGUGCCGGGGUGCGAGGGGAGGUGCGGCAUGGCGGCCAUCCGCCUGAAGGCCGGGGCGAGCUUCGAGGGCGAGAACCUCUACGCCUUCACCGCGGACACGCUGCCCGGCUACGCCGCGCCCCGCUUCGUGCGCAUCCAGGACGCCCUGGAGAUCACGGGGACCUUCAAGCAGUGCAAAGGCAACCUCGUCAAAGAAGGCUUCGACCCCAACGUCAUCAAAGACCCCCUCUUCUUCCGCGAUGAGAAGAAGAAAUCCUACGUUCCCCUGAACCCCGACAUCCACGCCGCCAUCUUGGCCAUGAAGCUCAACCUGUAG